UCUGGUUAUUCUUUUUCUGGGAAUGUGCCUCUUUCCUUCUAGUUUUACCAAAAGAAGAAAGAGAUUAGGUUCUUCACUUCCAACAAAACUUUGUCCGCUACUUUAUAUAUUUUCCGUUUUUAUUUACAAAUAGAGCUUUCAAAGGAGAGUCUUUUAGGUAAACUGAUUGGUCAAUUCAUUUCUUCUCCUCUGCAAAAACUAGGGUUUCUGUUGUAUUGUAAAAAAAUCCCCAGCAAAUCUUGUUCUUCUGCAUAAACUAGAGCUCGAGGAAGGAUAAAAGAGAAUAUGGUGAGAGGGAAAACACAGAUGAAGAGAAUAGAAAAUGCAGCAAGCAGGCAAGUGACGUUUUCAAAGAGAAGAAAUGGAUUACUCAAAAAGGCUUUUGAGUUAUCAGUGCUUUGUGAUGCUGAAGUUGCACUUAUUAUCUUCUCUACCAGGGGGAAACUCUACGAGUUUUCUAGUGCUAGCAUGAGCAAAACCAUAGAGCGGUAUGAGAAGAGAGAGAAGGAUAAUACUGGAAUCAACAACAAAUUAGCUGCAGUAGACCAAAAUACGCAGAAUGAGAAGGAAGAUGCUCAAAGCAUGGCAAAGAAGAUUGAAUUACUCGAAAAUUCUAAACAAAAACUAUUGGGAAAUGGAUUGGAACCAUGUUCUCUUAACGAGCUAAAUCAGUUGGAAACCAAUUUGGAACGAAGCUUAAGCAGGAUAAGGGAAAGAAAGAAUCUCUUAUUUCGCCAGCAGAUUGAGAAGCUAAAGCAAGAGGAGAAACGUCUCGAGGAAGAAAAUGCUAAUCUGCGACAAACGUGUGGGAUGAAACCAUCACCAUGGUCAACCAGCACAGAGGAGGAGACGAUGGAGGUGGAGACGGAAUUAUUUAUCGGACCACCGGAGAGAAGAAGGAUCCAAAACCCUUAAUGUGUCAAAUAAUAUUUAAUAAUUUUAGUACUUUGAUUCAAAACCUUGAGAAGUAAUUGUGAAUAUGGUUAUGUAUAGUUGAUAUAACUAAAUAAGGCUGGAACUAUAGAAAUCAUUGUGUGAUUUAUGAUAAGACCUAAUGUGUGGAAGAGAUGUUAGCCGGAGAUUAUUUUUAGUUGUACCAUUAAUUAGACUGCAAAUUUGAUGAUGUAUAAAUAAGACUCUGUCACUAGGAAA